UAAGAAUUGGAGGAGUUUCCUCAUCGUCGCUUCUGUGAAUAUCAUGUGCUGUGUGUGAUUACGUGGAUGAUAUUUCUAAUAAUUGAGAAUUCUUGUUGGUGGAUAUGCGAAAUGUUACUGAUUGAUACAGGAUGAUUCUUUGGGCUUAUCUGAGAGAUGGCGGUUCUAACUCGCGGCAAUGUUGUCACGAACGAUAAUGACGUUGCGGCCGCGAAGGUUUUGAAGGGUCGGAAUCGGGAGUCGGUGUGGGAGUAAGUACGAGAUCCGCGGCCACAAAACAAAACAUGGACGCCGUUGAGGUAAAUACGUCGGAGCCACCUGAAAAUGAGGAAGGUAUGGUCUCCGACGUGGAAAUAUGUCGCGUGUGUCUCCUUGGAAAUUUGGUUAUGCGGGACCUCUUCCAGGAGAAUGAUGUCGCCUCCUUAUCCGCCAAGGCCAUGAGCUUCGCCAGCGUUAAGAUGUUACCAGAGGAUGGUCUACCCUCACAAGUAUGCUGUGUCUGUGCACAAAAGUUGGAGUCUGCAUAUGAAUUCAAAUUACAAGUUGAACAAGCUGAUGGAGUCUUGCGGGAGAGAUAUGACUCGCUUAACAUCAAGGAGGAGCUUUUCUUUAAUGAAGUAGAAGUUCAAGUUGAUGCUCACUUUCAAACUUCUAGUGAAUCUUUAGAUGAGGAAAUUGAUGAUGAAAAAAGGACUUUAUUAAAGGAUCAUAUGGCUCUUCUUCAAGUGGAGAAGCUUGCAGAGGAAGAAACAGCAUUGGAGGAAGAACAGGGAGACGUGCAAGAACUUCAAGAGGAGGUUGACCAGGAGACCAUUCAAGAAGACCAGCAGGUCAUUGAUGAAGAAAUAAUUCAGCAAGAUGAAGAUCAGACACACGAAAUAACAAACACAUUGGAAGCUCACGAACAAAUCAAAGACGAGGGUACGGUUGUAGUGGAUACUAUGGCAGUGGAGGAACACGAUUACAUUGUGCAACAUGAUUACACUUUACAAUCUGAUCGAGAAUAUACUGCGCAAGAGGCUCCAUCUCAAAAUCAGGACUCUGAACAGUUCAUGGAACUCCUGAAUGAAGAAGACAUUCCCAAUGAUGAUAUCAACCAAGAAGAGCAAUGUGAUGCAACGAAAGCAGAGUGUCCGUCUGAUCGUAGUUUAUCCCAAACAGAAACACGAAGGAGUAAACGCAGGUCCUUACGAAGAGCAGCCAUGGCUGAUCGGGUCUCCGACGAGGAAAACUAUUUCGAGAAUCUCAACCUCAGCUCCAGGUUGAAACGUGCUCAGGCUGACAAAAGUGAGAAAGUAUUCUUCGUGUGUUACUUGUGCGACAAGCAGUUCUUAUCAAAAGGCGUUCUCAAAGAACACAUGCAUUCUCAUGAAGAAGUUAGACGAGCUUUAUCCAUGAAAAAGACACCUGAGAAGCCACAGAGGAGUAACACAGGUACAGCGAAGAUACCGCCGUCAGGUAAACGCGCCAACAAGUGUCCUCAUUGUGGUAAAGAAUAUCUUUAUGUGAUUUCUUUCAAUAAGCACCUGAAGCAACAUGAAAAAGAUACGGUGCAGGAUAAGAAGGAACACAUGCCGCUGGAAGUUUCUUUCGAAGAGGAUGAGAAUAGUCUAAGCUUUUCUAAUUGCAAUCGUGCACCCAGUUCUAUUUCAGGUGACGAUAGAAGCAUGAGGGAGGACGAGGAAUAUCUCGAGGAUGAUAAUCAGAACGAGAAUGAGGAUCAAGAAGACAGAAGAAAGAGAAAGAGGAAGAAACACAUACAGUCCUACUUGUGUAAUAAAUGCCCUGAGAAGUUUUAUACGAAACGUGGUUUACGUAAACAUGACAUUAGACAUAUUCCAUUGACGUGCAGUGUAUGCAACGAGGAGUACGACUCUCUGGAGAAGCUUAGGCACCAUAGGACAAAGCAUGUGAUUGAAGGUGUUUUGUCCGAACAAGAUUUGAAGGAAGAUGUGCAGGAGAUUGUUGAAAAGGAGAUUGAAGAAGAGGAUGAAGAUGAUAUUGAGGAGGAUAUCGAGGAUGAGGUAGAUAACGAAGAACAGUUUUCAGAUACCCAAGGAAAGGAGAUGCAUAGGAAGAGAAGAUGGAAUGAAACAAAAGAUUUGAAGUGUCCGAACUGUCCAAUGACUUAUUCCCAUAAAAAAUCCUUAUCAAGACACUUACAAACACAUGAAGGUACCAAGUAUGGUUGCAAGAUGUGUUGUCAACAGUUCACCAGGAAGGACCAUCUCCGUAGGCAUAUGGAACAGCAUGGUAGAGUCAAGUCCUUUAAGUGCACGCAGUGUAACAAAACCUUUGGUAAUGAAUUGACACUUCGAAACCAUCUCAUAGCUACCAAUCAUAAAACUUUUGUGCAUGGUCAGGAAUAUGAUCCUAAUAAAAGAAUCAAAAGAGUUGCUGCGAAGGCUGCGCAAAAGAUUAUUGACAAGAUCAAAAUAGAGGACGAUCUUGAGGAUGACGAGGAUGAGGAUGAUAUAAAUGAUGACUUUGGCAAUCAUGGUGAUGACUACGGACCAACAAAGAAACAUAAUUACAGAAAGGACUUCGAGUGCGCCACUUGUGGUAGAAAAUGUGGCUCUAAGCAAUCCUUAACAAAGCACAUGGAGCAACACGUGAAGGAUGAGAAAGCAGAGAAAUUAGAGAAAAUGAAGAAGGAUAAGAAAGACUUACAAAAGAAUUGCAGCGGUAAUCUUGGUCUUGGAAUAGGCGACUUCGACAUAGACGACGAUGAGAAUUCAGACUUCGAGAGCGGUUUAGAGUGGCCAAUAGACAAUCACGAGUGCACUACUUGCAAAAAGAAAUAUAGCACAAAGAAGUCCCUCCUGCGACACCAGCUUCUCCACGAGGAGCCAAACUUUGAGUGCGAUAUAUGCAACGUAAAGUUCUACCGCAAGGACAAACUAAAAGCACACUACGAUAAGUGCUCAGAGAAAAAUCCUGACCAGGUCAGGAAGUGCAACAUCUGUGGGGAUAGCUUCGAAAGUAAUGAACUCCUACGAGAACACAGAGCCAAGCACGUCACUGAAGGGAUCCUUACAGAAGAGGAUCUCAGGGACAUAGAACCCAGGCCAGAGAAUCGCAAAAAGGGUGAGAAAAUCGUUCGUAAACGAAGAACAGACAUAGUAGGCUUAGAGUGUACCGAGUGCAACAAACAGUACACAUCUCGUAAGGGUCUUCUGCGUCAUCUCCAAGUACACGAGGGUAAGAAGUACCUCUGUGACAUAUGCCCCAAGAAAUUCUACAGACGAGAACACCUUAAGAUUCACGUAGCUAAACACAACAUGAUAAAACCAUACAAGUGCACGCGCUGCACGAAACGCUUCACCAAGGAGGAGCAGCUUACAAAUCACUUGACGAAGCACGACCGUAACUUCAAGAAGAGCAAGGAUACAGACAGUUCGAAGAGGUUUCUCUGUGAGAUCUGCUCCAAGAGUUUCACCCAGUCGACGACGUUGAUAGCUCAUCUAAGGGCGCACAACGGUAUAAAGCCCUACGUCUGCGAAGUCUGCUCUAGGCCCUUCACCACCAAUGCGUACCUGAAAAUGCACAUGAGAACGCAUACUCAGGAACGUCCUUACAUAUGCCAGUACUGCUCUCGCGCAUUUGCCAGAGCUGACACACUGGCCAAUCAUUUAACCUCUCAUACAGGUGAGGCUAAGUAUCAUUGCAAAUACUGUCCUAAGAAUUUCAGGCGCCUGAAGUCUCUCAAGGAACACGUUUUCAUACACACGGGUCAACGACCUUAUGCCUGUCCCACCUGCGACAGGAGAUUUAAUAACAACGGUAGCCGUUACGCUCAUAGCAAAAGGUGUAGGCAGAACCUCCUGCAGAAUCAAAACCGCAAUGAGAACUUGGAGCAGGUGCAGCUGCAACCCCGGAUACAUCAGACCAUCGGACAAGCACACAUAGUGAAGCCUCAAAGUGUUAAAACCAUAACAAUAACUAGACCAGGGGAUACAGUAACUGCUCAGCAGGUAAUGCAGCACCAGGAGAUCCUGAUGCCCUUGAUCUUACCACUCACGGUGACCCUGACGGACGUUGGCGAAGAAGUGAUACUCCCAGAGGGUACAAAAAUAUUUACUACCUCGUAAUCGACAAAGUUCAGACUCUCUUUGCAGAGCGUUCGACUACCCUACAAGUUUUCCAUGAUGAAACAAGAAUGAAGUAACAUAUAACGAAGCGCUGCUUCGCGGGAUGAUAAACCAAGACUUAUUGAGUUGUUCGUGAGGGCGCAACCUGUUCUCCGGAUAUACGUCAUGACCAAAACAGCUCUUAGUCGAUAUUGCCCAAUGACUCGACCAGUUUUUAUCAUUACUUUCGGACAUAGAAAAAAUUUUAUUCUGAGAUUAUAUAUCCGGACCUAAAAGAAGGAUAGAGAAAAGAGGCGCAAGGAGAACCAAACAUGGUGACACACCGGUAACGCUUGUUCUUCAAAAAGCAUAAUAAUUAGGCUAUUUAAAGAGAAAGAAAAAAAGAAAAGUGUCGAGGAUUGUGCAAGGUAUGUUCACUGAACAAUAAUGAACGCCAUUAAUUAAUGGGAAUUAAUUAUUGCGGUUGUAUCAGGCAUCCGCCAUGCACGGAUUUUACUAUCGUAUAAAGAAAUACCAAGCAUUAUCAUGUUAUGAUAUGUUUUAAAAAGCGGUAGUUUAUUUUUCCAUGGUGGAGGCGUGGAAUGGUAUUGUUUUACCUAGUAUGGUUUCGGGCAAUGUGUUUACCCACAUCAGGUGAAUUAACUGAUGGUCCUCCUGUGCACUCUUGAAGAUUUUCUUCUUUCUUUUUUGUUUGUUCUUAUCUGUUUUUUUUUAAACUAGUUCUGUUUUCGUUUUUUCUUCUGCCAUAUAUUGCUUCGCAGUAUUUUUGCACGGUGCGAUAUCUUGCGCUUUAGAUUUUGUAAAAAUCAUCAGGAGUGCACUUGACGAGUUUCCUAUCGACGUAUCACGUGAAGGUGACUAAGAAAAAAUGCUUUAGAAUGCUGCGAAUCGUAACUUCAAUUUUAUUUGUACAUAACCAUGAUAGUGUGAAUAAUAAAGGUUCGUAGCGUUAUAUUAUA